CUUGGUAUAACUAUUUUAGUUUUAGUAUAUCCUAGUUUGUAAAACAAAAAACCAAAUUUGUAAUGGUAAUAUAUAGUUAAAUACACGAAAAAAUGGAUGGAAUUUCCGAAUGUUCAACUCCAAUAAGUUCUAUUAGUGGAUAUAAUAAUAAAAUAUCACAUAUAUUGGACGAAAGAAAUUCAGACACAAGCGUUGAUAGAUCAGAAGUAAACAGUCCAGCUGCUACAUUAUUAAAGUCAUAUUUACGCGAUUCGCAACGAUUUACCAACAAUGUCUCACCUGCUGUUUCGAAACUUAACGAAAGUAUCCAAGGAAUGCAAAAUGCUGCAGCGUGUAGUGAACUAUGUGCUACACCUAAAUCUGUGAACGUAAUCAGGAAAAAACGUUUCGAUGUUUCAUCACCGUCUGCAAUAUUACGGGAACGUAAUCCUUUUCCGAAGGAAGUAUUUGAUGAUGUAUGGGCAGAAGAAGAAGAACUUCCACCACCUGUACCAUUUAAUGAACUCCUGAAAGGACUUCAUAUGUUUGCAGAAGUUCGGGAUAAAGAAGACAAUAGAUCUGCGGGUAUUAAACAAUUGUUACGAAAUAUGGGAGCAACUGUACAUGACACACUAGAUAAAGGAGUAACGCAUGUAAUUUUUCGAGAAGGACAACUUAGUACUUAUAAAAAAGCUAAGAAACAAAAUUGCCAUUUGUUGUCCAUGUUAUGGUUACAUGCAGUACGAAAUACUGGCCGUAGAGUCCCUGAACAAAAUUAUCCAGCUUUAAAUUUAGAUUUAUAUGAAUCACCAGUGGCUAACAAGAAAUUUCGUAAAAUAAAAUCAAUGCAACCUGAUUAUGAGAAUGUAAGAGAAGAUUAUCAUAGAAAACGGUUAGAAAAGGUGUUUAAACAAAAGUUAGCUGGAAUAUCUUCAACCAAUGGAUCUGAUUCCGAUGAUAUAAUUUCAACAACGUCAACAUCGAAGUCUCGUAAACGAAAAAGUGAUAUAUUACCUGACAAAAAAAUAAACAACAGUAAACGUCGGCGUACUAUAAUGUCUACCACAACUAUGGAAUCGGAUACUGAUGAAAAUAAAUCCAGAAAGCAAAAUAAAUCAAACCAAAGGCGUAAAACAGAAUUUAUUUCAAGCUCUUCAAUUUUAAGUACGAUAGACGAUAAUAAUAUAUUAAAAGAAAGGAAUACGUUAAAAGAAAAAAAUGUAUUAACAAAGCACACAUCAUCGGUAUUAGAAAAUCGUAACGUUGUAGUGAAUCAAACUUUAAGACCAUCUGCAGUGAUUGAUUUAGUUCAAGGUAGUCAAGAUUUAUUUAGCAAUCCAAUAGAACUGAAACAUAAGAAAAAUAAUGAACAAUUGAAUGAAAAACAGGAUGAUGAAGAUAAUGAUUUAACUAAAUAUUCAGCGAAUAUUAAAGAUCGUAACGUUGUUGUGAAUUGUACGUUAACCCCACCUCGCUUCGAAGAUGUAUUAGAUCGUAGUCAAGAUAUAAUUGAAAAGAAUAUUAAAGAAGAAGUUAUUCCUCCACGAUCACCAUCUAUUUCAUCAGAUACCACAAGUCAGGACAAUGAUUGUGUUGAUAGUCCAGAUUUGAGAAAAGUUUUAGAUGCUAUACAAAAUGAUAAUAGUGGAAGUUUACGGAAAAAGUUAUUAAAAGGUUUAGGUAUAAAGUGUCCAAGUGAUAAGAAAAGGGAAUCUAUAAAGAAAACUCCUAAAAAAGCCGAGGAAGUAUUUUCGUUUGUAACGGUACGACGAAAAACUAAUAAUUUCAGAUUUGAAACUGAAGAUGAUAAUGAUAUUUCUAGAAAUAAAACUGCCUCAACGAUAUUUGGUGAAUCGCCAUUAAAACAUAGAAAUGAUAAAAUUGAAAAAGAGCCAACAGAAAAACAGUCAACUAGAACACGAACUAUUAAAACUCCAAGUCGAUAUUUGGACGGUAUUGAAAACAAUGAGGCAAGUUCGGUAAUGUCUACGGGAAGAAGAAAAACAAUCAACGUAGCUGCACCACAAAGUGUAAGAACGGAAGAAAAUGAUAAAAAAAAUAAACCGACAAAAAGGCGAGCGAGAUUAUUUCUAGAAUCUGACGACGAAAGUGCCAUAGAAAAAUCUAAAGAAGAAAAAAAAUUCUUAGUGAAUGAUUCUGAAAAUGAUGAGGAUGCGAUUAAGGGUUUAAAUACAAAUGCUUCAAAAAUUCUAGAAAAAAUAAAUACAAUUAAAGAAAGUAAGCCAACACGAAGAAAGACACAAUUGUUUCAAGAAUCUAAGGACAAUAGUACCUUAGAAAAAUCAAAAGAAGAUAAAAAUUCCUUAGUGGGUGAUUCAGAAAAUGACUCAAGAAUAGGAUUCAAAGAAAAUAAGCCAACAAGAAGAAAAACAAAACUGUUUCAAGAAUCUACCGCCGAUAGUGGCCUAGAAAAAUCAAAAAAUGAUAAAUGUUCUUUAGUGAGUGAGUCUGAAAAUGAUUCAAAAAUAAGAUUCAAAGAAAAUAAGCCAACAAGAAGAAAAACACAACUGUUUCAAGAAUCUAAGGUUGAUAGUGACCCAGAAGAAUCAAAAAAUGAUAAAAGUUCCUUAGUGAGUGAUUCUUUAAAUGAUUCAAAAAUAAAAAAAUCAAGGAUUAAUAAUUUAGAUAAAAAAAUUUCAGAUAUUCCACGAAAAAAGAACACAAUGGAAGAAAAUAAAUCCACCAAGAGGAGAACGCGAUUGCUUAAAGAAUAUCAGGAUGAGAGUGAUGUAGAUAAAUCAAAUGAAAAAAAUUUAAUAAAUUCUCCAAGUGAUAAAUGUGGAUUAGAAACUAAACAAUCGGCGACUAAGAAUCUAGAUAAAAAAGUUCGUCAAAAAAGGUAUGAAGUUUUGUCUUCCGAUGAAGAAUCUUUAAAAGACGUAAUAAACAAAAGAGUUGCAGCUACAGAACCACGAAGAAAGAGUGCAAAGCGAAUAAUGAUUCCUUUACAUUCAAAUGAAGCUUCAUCGAGCAAUGGAAAAUUUCCUGACAUUCAAGAAGAGGCAGCAUCAACAAAUCAACAAACAGUAUUAAAAUCAAAAUCUCCUAAACAAAAAACUAAAAAAAUUCCAGCUACAGAACCUUCUAAGCGGAAAGAUACAUCACGUUUAAAUUCAACAGUGUCGAGAAAAGUUAAACUUUUUGAUCCAACUUUAGACAUGGUAGAUUCCGAUUUAUCUCUACCGGAAGUUACAGAAACUGUAGAGAACCCAUAUGGUUUAGAUAAUCAUGAGUUAGAAAAUAAAACACCAAAACGUCGAAAAGUGGAUUUAAAAGAUGAUAAAAACAGGCGAAGCACCUUUUGGUUUCAAACAGCUGAAGAAAGGCAAAUGGCUACUCAGACAAAAAAAUCCACUCAGAAUUUUAAAGCAUCACAAAAGAAACUUCCGACAAUUGUUUGUACUCGUUUGCAUGGUGAUCAAAUUGAUAUUUUUAAUCAAAUUGUUAAAAAAUUGGGUGGUUUUGAAAUUGAAAAUAAUGUUUCAUCCGCUACAACUCAUUUGGUGGUUGGAGAAGCGAGUAGAACAUUAAAUAUGCUAAGAGCCAUAAUACGUGGUUGUUGGAUUGUUAAUUACGAAUGGUUAUUACAAAGUCUUGAAGCUGGACAAUGGUUACAAGAAGAAUUAUAUGAAGUAACAGAAUUUUCACCAGCUGUCAAGAAAUGUCGAAUAGAAAGGCAGACUUUUGGUGAACCAUAUGCAAUGAAUUUAUUCAAUGAAUGUGGUAAAAUAUAUAUUGGCACACAAACAUCACCAAAGAAUAGUGAUCUAGAACAACUUGUAAAACUCGCUGGCGGUACAGUUGCUACAUCACCUAGAUUGGCUCGAAUUAUUGUGGGACAAACGUAUUCGAAUGCAGAUAAUGACGUUGUAUGCGUAACAGAAAAAUGGGUCCUAGAAUCAAUUUCUCAUAAAUCUGUUAAAAGUUUUAAACAUUUUUUAUUGUCAACAAAUAAUGAGGGCAAUAGCUCAUGAUAUAUAUUUUUGCAAAUAAAUUGUGAUGUUAUUUAGA